CUCCAAACAAACAAUUAAAUAAAGUAAAGAAAAGAGAGUGUAAUCCUGUGUGUAUGAGUAGUAUAGAAAUGAAGUAUUUUAAGAGCGUUGAAAAAUGUAAAUGAUUUAAAAGCGACGAUUUCAUCAAUGCGGUAUUCUCGCAGUAUCCCCCUAUCAUCAUCACCUUCUUCUCACUUUCUUUCUCUAGAGAGAACCCGUAGGCGAUGGCGAUGCUAGCUACCUCCAUUGUCGUCUUCAUCUUCAUUAUGCUUUUUCUCCUCAUCCUUCUUAUCCUCCUUGCUUGUAAACCAUGGCGAUUCUUCUCUCGCUCUUUUCGUCAUCAAUUACCUUCUUCUUCCAAGGUUGAUGAAGAGAGGCCUUUGGUGCAAGAAGAUUCUGAUCAGCUCCCAAGCCCAAGAAAUGAACCAUUGAAUUUUCACACCCCAGAGGGUUCACAUUUGCAAACUGAAGGAAAUUAUAGCUCACCUGGAUCACAUAGCCUUACUUACAAACAGAGGCUUCCUCCUCCUGUACCUCACUUGACACAAGGUGGUAGUUUAGUGUUAGACAUAGGUGAUCAGGCAGAAGACCUUGUAGUUGGUCAAACAUUAAGGCGUCCCUUGCUGACUAGCCAUAAUCCUGAAGAGCAGAAAUGCAAUGUAAAGGAAGACCCGAAUCAUGACUCGAGGUUUAAGCCAGAAGAUGUCAAGUUGCAUAGUUUUACCAGAGAUCAAGGAAGCUGCCUCUCGCUUGAAGUUAUCACUGGCCCUGCAUGUGGGCUUCGAUGUUCAGUAUGGUCUACUGAUGCAUCUAAGCUUCCACUUACUCUCGGAAGGGUCCCGCCAAGUGAUGUGCUGCUGAAGGAUUCAGAGGUUUCUGGAAAGCAUGCUAUGAUAAACUGGAAUUCUAAUAAAUUGAAAUGGGAGCUAGUGGACUUGGGUAGUCUUAAUGGAACUCUUCUAAAUACAAAGGCUGUACAUCAUCCUGACUUUGGAAGCAGAACUUGGGGUGAGCCAAAGGAGCUUGUUGGUGGCGAUGUAAUCACUCUUGGUACCACUUCCCAGAUAAGUGUGCAAAUUACACCCCUGACUCAAUCAGAGAACCCAGUUGGAGUAGGUAUUGCAUCAGACCCCAUGUCUACCCGGCGUGGAGGAAAACGACUUCCGAUGGAAGAUGUCUGCUAUUAUCAAUGGCCACUUCCUGGGGCAGAACAGUUUGGACUUUUUGGUAUAUGUGAUGGACAUGGUGGAGCAGCUGCAGCUCUCUCAGCAAGCAAAAUACUUCCUGAGACGAUAGCAACUAUUUUAUUGGACUCAUUAAGAAGGGAGAAGAUUUUCUCACGGCAAGAUGCAUCAGAUGUCCUGAGGGAAGCAAUUUUUCAAACGGAAGCUUGUUUAAAUCACUAUUAUGAGGGUUGUACUGCAACAGUGCUUCUGGUUUGGGGUGAUGGUUAUGACAGUUUCUUUGCUCAAUGUGCCAAUGUUGGAGACUCAGCCUGCGUCAUGAACAUUGAUGGGAGACAGAUCAAGAUGACUGAAGACCAUAGGAUAUCUAGCUACUCUGAGAGGCAACGUAUCAGUGAAUCAGGAAAUCCAUUAAAGGAUGGGGACACACGCCUGUGUGGUCUUAAUCUUGGGAGAAUGCUUGGUGACAAAUUUUUGAAGGAGCAGGAUGCUCGAUUUAGUUCAGAGCCAUAUAUAAGCCAAGUUGUUCGUGUUGGUCAAGCAAGUGAAGCCUUUGCAGUGCUGGCAAGUGACGGUUUGUGGGAUGUCAUCAGUGCAAAGAAGGCUAGUCAGUUUGUUCUUCAGGCAAAGGAGAGAUACUCCAGCGAUAGGAAGGGCUCUGCACAGAAGAUAGCUAACUUUUUAUUAAAUGAAGCUAGAAAAUUGCGUACAAAGGAUAACACCUCCGUAGUUUAUGUAGAUUUUGACACUGCUCUGAGAACCUUGUGUAAAUAUGAGCCAUGAUAUGUAAUAUUUAAGGGUUUGGUAGAUAAUCAUCUACUAAUAUUCGGAAGAAGUUAAUUGAUUCCUGGAUGGUCAUCAUCUGUGAUAAAUGCUACGCAGUAUUUCUUCAAUCUCUGGACAUUGGUGGCAGAUCCAUCAAACUGCUGAGAUUUGAAAUCAGCAUUUCCCGCACAGAAUCCUAAUGCACGUCAAUAAUAUAUGGCAACUGAUUCAGGCUAGCAAGUCAUGCUUGGAAUGCUACAUUUCCGUGAUUCAUUCCUCUCCCAGUUCAAAUGUAAAUUUCCUGGAAGAAGUUGCUCGCUUCAUCAAAUUAUGCUAUAUGGGUUUUCAUGGUGGAAAAUCAGAGGCGGAUAUGGCCUUUUCAUCUGCAAAUGGUCUGUCACUGGCCUGCCUAACAGCUCCAUUGCCUGCCUGAAUUUGUGAAGAUGGGAAAUUAGUUGCUUAUGGCUAGUCAUGAGUUGCUUGGUAUAUACCUUAUAACUGCAAUUUAACAGAGUUUUAUUUAUUAUAAAUUGAUGUUCUGUAGAUUUCCAUAGGAAAUAAUUCUUCAACUGUCUACAAUGGGGUAUACUCGACUGCUCUGUCGCUAUUACGCUGUAUAUGUACUGUGCAUAAAUAAGCCUUUAACUGGCAUGAUGCAGCUAAGUUGGAUAAACUGAUUUUUAGAUGGAGCCUAAUGUAAAUUUGGUGGAUAUUUUGCUACUGAUUCCCUAUACCAGACUUUGGCCUUGAGAAUCAGUACAUUAUUUUGUUUCACUAUUAUGUUCUCUUGGAAUCAUUUGAAUGUAGGAGUACAAGAUUUUAAUGUAUGAUAAACCUUGAAAUCAAAAGUGUAAAUGUACUCCGUUAUACAUCUGCGUUUA